AUGCGAGAAAUCUCACCGAAAUUGGCGGACCUGACCGCGGACGUGCUGUUCGGCGACGUCUGGGAACAGCCCGAUCUGUCGAAACGCGACCGCAGCCUGAUAACCGUGGCGACCCUGACGGCGCUCUACCGCACCGAUCAGCUGCGUGGCCACAUCCGGCGGGCGCUGGAUAAUGGGGUGACGAAGGCCGAGAUCAGCGCCGUGAUUACCCACAUGGCCUUCUAUGCCGGCUGGCCCACCGCGGCCAACGCGGUGCGGGUGGCCAAGGAAGUGUUCGACUCGGAAUAA